GCGAUGGCAACUUGGAGGCGGACGCCGGCUGCUACUGCUAGUUCCGCUGUUUAUACGAUGCAUUCGACGUUUUGGAGCAAAAUAUUGCUGCUAUUUAUUGCACUUGUGCAUUUAGGGACGUUAGUGUGCGCUGAUUUGCAGUAUGUGACAUGCGGUUCGGUACUUAAACUCGAGAACCAGCAGUACCAAGUGCGCCUGCACUCCCACGACAUAAAAUAUGGCUCUGGCAGUGGUCAGCAGUCCGUGACGGGAACCAUAGACCGAGAAGACAAUAACAGCCAUUGGGUCGUCAAGGGCAAGCGGGAAAAAGCCUGCCAGCGUGGGGAUCCCAUUCCAUGCGGGUCACCUGUGAGGCUGGAACACUUGGUCACUCACAAGAACCUGCACAGCCACCACUUUGUUUCACCGCUGUCCAAUAACCAGGAGAUCAGCGCAUUCGGGGAUGGCGGUGAAGGAGACACGGGUGAUAACUGGACUGUAGUGUGCAGCUCAGACUUCUGGGAGAGAGGGUCUCCAGUGCGUUUCAAGCACAUCGACACUGACACGUGGCUCUGCUCUUCAGGCCAAACGUACGGACGGCCGAUAGGAGGCCAAGUGGAAAUAUGCGGGCUCAGCUACCCGGACAACUCGUGCCAGUGGAAGAGCGUCGAGGGCAUCUUCAUAAAGCCGACGGAUAAGAUAUCUGCCGGUCGGCUAUUACAUGACCACUCGGAACUAUAAUGCCUCUUUUGCUACACACCAUCGCUCUUCACUGUGUAGGCUUGCCGGGCUCUCUUCAGUUUGGUCUGCACUAGCUGUGCUCCCACCUCAUACAUUGCUGCUCUUGGGCAGAGCGGUCUGUGCCACCUCGUACUGGCUCCCCGGUCCUCUCAAUCGUCUGCUCAAGGACUGCGGAAGCGCCUGCACCGAUAAGUCUGAAGCUUUAGUACAGGGGAUGAAAAAACUGCUUCGAUCUGAGACAUUCCGCUGGCUGUUUUGGAUGAGAAACCAGAGUUCUGGAGCAAGAGAAUAAGUUUUUUUUCCCCUCAGAUUUUCAUGUCCAUACUCAUCAGAGUAAAAUACAAUGCUGUGCACUGGGUCACAGUGAAAGUAUUCACAUGUAGCUAGCAGAUGCCAAUGACUCACACUCAUGCUCAAGGACUGUCAGUUGAAUUCACAUGUCGAUGGCAGAGAAAGAGAGCGAAGCUCACCACAGGGCAAAUUCAUUGAGCUCAGCCAGUUGAAAUAGCAAAUUUUCUCCUCAUCGAUGGAUAGAGAAACAAAUUUUCACCAUGGAGCAAUGGAUAGAAGGAAUUGUAUGCGGAACAGGAGGCAACCAAAAUGAGCGUGACUAGCUUUUCUACUCUGCAGUGGGUGAUCCCCUUCAGUCCAGGAGUGCAGCAGAUUUAGCUUUUCGUCUUGCUUGGUAGACCUGCACACGCGCUGGUCCAUCAGUAACAGCUAGGACAGCGUUGCCUCCCAUUGCUAAGAAUGAGCUUCAAAUCAAACAGCAGGGUUCACCCUUGUGUUGAAAUUUCAGUUCAUCAUCGCAAUACCACGAGAGGCAAGCUCAACUAGUGCAAGCAACUGACUGACGAGGUCUUAGGUGUUUCUGUUUGAGUCGCUAGUAUUUCUGCCAAAGCCACAAGCGGGAGUUGAAUGAACACUUGUGGUGUUGAUUUCAAGAGGGAGCGGAAGCCUUCACUGAAUGCACCUCCAGUUUGAUUCCUCGUCUCACUACAUCUCCCAUCAUAUGAACUGUUCACUUCUCGUCCUGUGUAUGGAAGCUUCCAGUCAUUGCCAAGUUGCUGCUGCACUGGGCGAUCGGUGAAUAGCUCGUCGAGACUUUAUUUCAUUAUAUAAGUACACAGAACCUUGUAUAUGAGUCAUUGUUGCUACUACACAAGUAUGCUGUGAUGUUUGAGAUUCACUUUUGUGACGUGCUCUUGCAAUACUGUUAAAGUAGCAACCAUUGUUUGCGUUUCACAGGGCGGUUUUGAAGAAUAGUUCAGCAACAACCUGCCUCUUCAUUUCUAUUACAAUAAUAACACUCGAUAUGUGUGAAUGGAUUACAAGUUUGAGACUUUACAUGUUUAAUAAAGCAUAUCGAAACUCCACA